UUUUCCUUAUGAACUUUUCCAUAAGACCCACACUAGGAAAGGCACCUCCGAUAUGGUUGAUUCACGAGCGCAAUCAAUUAAGGAUGCAUUUUUGGCGCUUAAGGAGCAGUCGUCUCAACCACAAGAGGGGUGCAGUGACCCUCCUAUUGUAGAUGAGGUCGCACUAUAUUAUCAAGUUGUGGGGGGGGAGAAGAAGAACAGGGUUUAUGGCAUUGGAUCUCAAGCAUCAAUUUUUUACCCUAGCUCAUCACAUGGAUCAUCUUCUACUGCAUCCUAUUGUGCUCAGUCAGAGGCAAUGGAGGAAGAGAUUCAACAAUUGCAUCAGACUAUUGCAACGCUCAAGGAUAGUUUGGUUGCAAUGGAGGAGAGAGAUCGACAACGCGAGUUGAUGCUAGAGGAGAGAUAUAGACAACGUGAGCAGACACUGGAGGAGCGCAUGCAACAAAUGAUGCAAAACAUGAUGGCACAAAUGAUGCAGGGUACGCAGUUUACAGCCCCAACUCCACAUACGACUCAUCAAGAUGAUGGUAGAGAGGCUGAUAGUGUUGAUGAGUGAUUAUCUUGUUGAUGA